AAGCCAGCACUGUGUAUUUUUGGCAGUGUUGUUGUAUGAGCCCCACCAAUGUGCGACCCCCCGCCACAGUGAAAACCGAUCUCCGUUCUGACUAACCGAACGCCUCCAUAUAUGGCACACGGAGGCCACAAAAUCUGCGUUUUAUCUCAUGAACUCCCGAUUUUACACAAAUUUGGCAACAUGUGUUGUGGUUUUACCACAGCCAGUUUGCAAGGCACGUCUCUGACAAAAGUUUGGAGACUUUUGAAAAGUUCUGGUAUUCUCUUCUGUUGUUGAUCAGCUGAUCGACUGGUUGUGGAGUUCAGAUAUAUUGUAUACACAUACAGUAGGAACUACCACAAAGGGAAUAUAUUUCUAUGGAUAUUGCAUUGGAUUAUAUUUUAACGGUCAUAUACAUCUGACAAUGGAUUGGAGAUCAUCAAUGGCUAUUAUCGAUAUCGGUGGAAAGAGGAUGUUGUACGACGACGAGUUCCAUUGUUAUUGUUGAUAUAUCGUCAUUCGAGGAGUAACUGGAGUUUUAAGAUUUUCUGUGAUUUAUAAAUAAUAUUGUUUAUUCGCUAUGUCUCACCGGAGGAAAAAUGCCCACCCCCUGAACAAGCAGAAACGGAUUGGUAGUGUGGUGGACAGAGUGUUAGCCGCCAAAACACGAGAAUACGCCUUAUUGUCCGGCGAGAAAGAACCCGUAUCACAACCAGGCACAGUAGAACAAAUUCUCAAGUCAAAUGAAAGCCUAUCGACCAAUCGGAUGUCGCCGGCUGUGUCCACAGACGGUUCCAGCCAAUCAUCUUUCAGCACCUUGCUUGAUUCAUCCAAUCAGAAUAUUGCUAUCCCGGAUGACCUCUUUAAGGACUUUCAGGCUCUGAAGAGUGCCACUCAUCUCGAUACAACCGAAUUGAUGAGAAAAUUGUUGAAGGAAUAUACAAGUGGAACCGAAUCGGAUGCAGAGGGCGCCAGCAGCACCGAUAACCGGAAGUCACCCGGUAUGGAACAAAAUCAAGACGUUUCAAGCCUCUCCGAGUAUUAUAAAACCGAACCAGUUGACGUCACGAAAUCCGAAACAGAUCUUGCCUAUCAGCCUGAUGUCAACGAACCUCUUGAUCUAUCCACUAUCAAAACGGAGAAAGAGGACAAAUAUACUGGCUUUUGUACUGGAAUAACCCCAGCGUCAUUGAACCGUGACUCAGCACAACAGGUCAACGUUCGUCAGGGGUCAACUCUCUUCCCCACUAACAUUGAGACACAGAAAUCACAACCCUAUUUUGGAGCCGGAAGUCCUGGUGUGAUCUUGUAUCCGUUUUUUGGUUCCGGUCCGGGAGCGGAAUACCCGUUAGCUGUUCCGGGAACUUCCAUGAAGGUUCCGACCGUAAUGCACCCGUCAGUGCAGGGCGAUCGCGAACAAACGGUAAACCUUAAUGUGGAAUCUCCGGAGCAACUGCACGAGACCAGCCCAACCGUACAGACGGAAAAUAAUUUUCCAUCAGAGAACAAUUACAGAGAAGUUCAAUUUCAAAACGGGUCAGUUAAAAUCAAAGGUACUAAGUUACAUCCGGAAAUUCAAGUUGGUGAUUUGCAAGAAAGUGGCCAAAAUAUCCCUGUCGAAAAUGAACACAGUUCUAUACAGUUUCAAAACAUAUCUCCAAAACUGGUGACGAAUGUCACUAACGCAGAAUCCGGCGCUGUUGUCAUGCCAACAGACGCGACUCCAGUACCAAUAGCAGCCAUUCCGACAACUCGGGAAAUGAUGCAAAAUUUGUCGCCUAUCCAACAACCAUCCCCUCAAAUUGCUGGCGUUCUGCCGACGCCAAUGACUCAAACUGAUCUUUCAAAUAUGACAUUCGCCGAGAACUAUGCAGCAGCAACGGCUCAAUAUCAAAUGCAGGAAUUUCAAAAGCCAACAAAAGUGUCGGGGAAAUCUCCCAAGAAUUUAAACAAAAAAUCUGGACAAAUGAAGCUAAUAGCCGAGAACACUUCCCAUCACGGUGUUUAUACAAGUGUGUUAAAAUUACCCUGGAGUAGGCGGACGCGUACACCGAAGGCGGAUAACGGUGAAAAAAGCAGCCAGCAACAGCAAAAACUGCUUCUAAAACAACAGCAGUUACAACAACAACAACAGCAGCAACAGUUGCUACAGCAGCAGCAACAACAAGCGCAGCAGCCACUCAUGUUGCUUCCUGUUGCCACAACAAAUUUACCAUCCUCCCAAGCGGGAGUUUUUAUUCCCGCCACAAACUUUACAAUGCCGACAGUCGCUUCUCAUCCUUCAGAUUCGUCUGCUAUGAGUGGCCCUUUGACUUCGACCGUUACAACGCCAGCGGUCACGCCCAUAACCACGCCUACUUCCACCCAGCCGAUGAUGAUGGUGUACCCCAAUGCCACAUUUGGCACUGUGAAUAAACCCGUGCGGAAACGAGGCCGUCCACCGAAGGUUCCCGUGUUAGCCCGUAUGUUAGCCGAGGCAAACAAAAGAGCCGCUUUAGAUAUGCAACAAAUACCAAACUUUUUUCAAAACUUUCCAGCAUGUCAACAACCGGCGGCUAUUGUUUUGAAUGUGAAUAAUAUGGUCAAUCCGGCUGUACCUGGGUCAAUUACAACACUAAACCCUGUGACAUCAUCCUCGGCAAUACCAAAUAAUCCGCCCGCUGUCGUCACCGCGCCAACAGACACGGUCCCUAUUGAACAGAUCCCAAUUCAGCAUCACACUCUCGAUCUACAGCAGCCAUUGCCCGUGUUGUCGGGUCAGAUACCCAUUCAGCAAGUCCAAACACCGGAUGUAGUUACCCCAGCGUCGAUAGCACAUAGCUUGGAGAACGAUCCACGGUACAGAACUUUGUCACAUGCAGAGGUUUCCGGUCAGACUCUGUCGAAACCUUCACCAGAUCUGAUGCCAAAACCUCCGCAGCCCCCACAGCCAGAAUUAAAGACUUUGUCGAGUACAAGUGUCUCAAGUAACGACAAUGGCGCCCUCUACCAAGAAAUGAUUCUUUCAUCUAAAGCGUUGGUGAAUGUGAAACCGAGGCGACGUCAGACAACUACUGAACUCCUUAAAUCGAAAUCUGGGGCCGACAGUUUUAUAUGUACCUCAUUCCGCCUCCGAUCGUUACCGGGGAAGGCAAAAGAGAAAAGAACCGCUGUGGUCACCGGUAUGAAACGUCGAGGUCGACCGCCAAAACGGAGACUUAUGGGAAUGUUUGACCAUCAGAUUGACGGCAUGGGCAAGAAAACAACUGACCAGCUGCCGUCACAAAUUCCGAUCUCAGAUUCGCAAACCAUUGCACAGUUGUACGGUGAGUCAAACCUCGACGCCUUGCAUUCACCAACAGAGAUAGGACAAACUAGCCUUAAUCUGACUGCAGGAGAUGACCUUGACCGUUGUCCCAGAAGUUUGAGCAACUCUGAGGAACCGCGUCUGUUUGACGGCGAAAUUGACAGUAACUAUGACAACCCGUUGUUAGCUAACCAGUUCGGUGUGGAAGGUUCCCUGUCAGAUGGAUGUUUGCCUCAAGAUCCAACUCAGGGACGCUUCAUUUUCUCUAGCGAUGACGAUGAAGCUCGUUUGAACCGAGAACAAAAACUUAGUUUGGGUUCAGACCUUGAUCGUGACGAUAGCUCCAACGAGGAUAACGAUUGUCUAUCCAACGAUAUGUUUUCGAAGCUUUUCCACUGCAAAGUGUGCAAUGAAAUCAUACCAGUUGAAAAGAAAAAUGAACACUGGGAAAAGCAUGCGCGUGUUAAAGUUAAGUGUGUCACGUGUUCCGCCUUAUGUCACAAGUUCUUGACCAAGGAACAAAUGGCGUCCGAUUCGGCGCGGGAGAAUCUCCAAUGUGACAAUUGUGAAAGGUCAACAGAGAUGGACGUCGCUGACCAUUCUCUUUCCACGGUUGUCCAGUGUGAAAUUUGUCAGGAGAGUUUCCCCGACGGAAGGACAUUAAAACGACACAUAAAGGUAGAACAUCCGGGCACGUAUGCUCUGCAGAAAGCAAAGCUGAUGAGCAUAAGAAAACACACGGAUGACCACCAGCAGCCGAAUCCGAAAUCUCACGAACUUAAAGUCUACUGGUGUCCCGUUGAGGAAUGCCAGAAAAAGUUCUAUUCGAAGUUUCGUAUCAAACUGCACAUGAAGAAAUGGCAUACAAACAGACAAGGAUCGCCAUCUUCUGGUGGGGAGGGAGGUAAAAAGAAGGGCCGUGGCCAAUAUAGGCAAUUCAAUGUGAAAGGCUAUACAUGUUCGUGGCCCGGAUGUGAUGAAGAAUUUCAGACUGAGCGAAACCUAAAAGUACAUCUCUUGCUUCACAGAGACGAGAAACCUCUGAAGUGUGACUUCUGUGACUAUCGAUGUCGUCAGAGGACGGCACUUGGGUGGCACACACGUAAACACCACCCAGAAGCUUCAAACGUCCUCAUGACUUAUACACAAUCAGGUUCAGCGGAAAGCUCUGAACCUGGGGAGGAAAACGGUGUUGAGUAAUAAGGACAACCGAACCAAUACUUGUAAUUCUGAAAACCGGUCAUAUAUAUCGCUACAGAAAUAAUUCCACAUUAGUUCGCGAGAAAACCUUAUCACGAAUUCAAACAUUCGCGAACUUGGCUUGGAAAUCAAGAUAUACUUUAAAGUAUGUGAUUAAGCACCUUAUCAUGUUUAUUCGUGUUUCUAUGAUCGUGUUGUCAUGCCACGGGAGAUAAAAACGAAACGAUAUUUCAUGGACUUUACUAUGUUACCAUAAACCACGACCUAUAGAUAUUUAGGUUCUGGCAUCUGUGAUUUUGCAUGACAACACAGACUCAGGGAAAUUGUCUGCUGCUCGCAAAUUAAAAUUUUAAAUAAAUCA